AACGGGCCGGAAGCGGAAGCGGCGGGCAGUCGGGGCGGUCGGGACGGUGGAGGCGGCGGCGCGGGGUGGCCCCGCGCACGAUGCUGCGGCUGCGCUGCAAGGCCCGGGGCGGCAGCCAGCCGCUGCCCGGCCUCACCGCCCACUCCCGCCUCCGCGACAUGCAGGCCGCCCUCGCCGCCCUCACCGGCGUCCCCGCCCCGGCCCAGCGCCUCCUCCUCGGCUUCCCCCCGCGGAGCCUCGACCUCAGCGACGGCGAGCGGCGGCUGGGAGACCUCGGCAUCCACUCGGGGGACACUCUCAUCGUCGAGGAGGAUCCGUCCAAGCCCGGCGCUGACCCACCUGCGGUUGCGAAAAGACCCAUGGCCAACUCAGUCAGGGAAGCGGUGCCAGUGCUGGCGCGGAGGGUGGUGCCGGCAGAUAACUCCUGUCUGUUCACCAGUGUGUACUAUGUGGUGGAGGGGGGCGUGUACGACCCCGGCUGCGCUCCAGAGAUGCGCAGCCUCAUAGCCCAGAUAGUAGCGAGCGAUCCCGAGUCUUACUGCGAGGCAGUGCUAGGGAAAACCAACAGGGAGUACUGCGACUGGAUCAGGAGAGAAGAAACCUGGGGAGGAGCCAUCGAAGUGUCUAUUUUAUCCAAGUUUUACCAGUGUGAAAUCUGCGUGGUGGACACGCAGACCGUCCGAAUUGACCGUUUUGGGGAAGAUGCCGGUUACACCAAGCGGGUCCUGUUAAUUUACGAUGGGAUUCACUACGAUCCCCUUGAGCGUAAAAUCCCCGACUCGGACGUUCCUCCCCAGACCAUUUUCUCUACGACUGACGAUGUUGUUCUUGCACAAGCCUUGGAGUUAGCAGAUGAAGCCCGACGGAAGAGGCAGUUUACCGACGUGAAUCGCUUUACGCUGCGCUGCAUGGUGUGCCAGAAGGGACUGACGGGACAAGUGGAAGCCAGAGAACACGCCAAGGAGACGGGACACACCAACUUCGGGGAAGUGUGACAACUGCAUGAGGAUGGGUACAGCUACUACCUCACUGAUCCGGAAUAAAAUUCUGGAUUUCCAGAUAAGCUGUAUGUAAUCAUAAAAUUCCGUUCACAGAGCUUGAAAAGCGCAUUAACUUGACGAUGGCCGAGAUGCACAGGUUUGCUGUGGUUAGUGACUUUGCCAACUGGUUUGAAAUAGGUAUCUUCUCGCAUGCUAAUUUAUAGUACUUUGGCAGGUGGUAUACACUGGCAGCUAAAACCUGAUUCCUGAAAUAAUCUUUUCUUUGUGUGUGUGCUCUGAGCAGACAUACAAAACCGGGCUUCUUCAACACUAACGUAACAACGUAGCCUCUCAGUUACAGAAUUAAUCUCUCUGUAUUAUGUUUUCAGGGUAACUAAAUUAAUCUAAGGGUUUGGGAAACACAUAUCGGCAUUGUUCAUACUAAAAAAUAGACUCUGCACAUACAAGCAGACCUUGCGGGGGAAACUGCUCACAUUGUGCACAGUUUUUAGUGGAAAGAGCAUCUCCAAAGCUGCCCUAUACUAUGGUACCAUCAGAAGUAGAAUGUAUUGUUUGUGUGAAGUCAUGGCUUUAGAGAGAGAAAUGGCCUUUAAGCUUUAAGGUAGCCUUCUUAAAAUUAACGAGUAGUUGAUUAAGUGUUGAAUAAACUUAUUAAUCUUCCAUAGGUAGUUUUUAGUUGCUUGGAAAAUAACUAUCAACCCCUUGGUGUUUACACUGCAUCGGAACAUAGGCAUGUUUCUUGAAAUUCUUGGCUUCUUCUUUAUAAUAUCUCAACUUCUGGCAAGAGGGAAAUAGAGCAGCUAGGGAAGUAACUUAAUUUGCAUCUGUUAAAUACAUUCAAACAGACUUGGCUUGGGUGUAGCUGAUCUCACGGCCACAGUGUUACCGAGCUGUAGCAGAUUCCAAAUACUGUAAAUUAGCACUUUAAGGUAUGGUUCUCAUUCUUUACCGGUAAGAAGUUUUGCCCUUUUUAGAAGGGCAGAGUGCUAAUCCAGAAGGGAGGCUCAAGGUUUCUUCAUCUGCAUUCUGCCUUAAUGCGUUUGAUUUGUCACUGAUGACUGUUCAGUAGCAAGACUCUAAUUCCGAUAAUGAAGGGUGCAGUUUAAUUGUCAGAACAAAACAAGCUGGGUAAACUGCCCUACUUCUCGUACUCCUCAGAAUCAGGGAGGUUGGAAUUGGUUUAAUAAAUCUUACCUCACAGAGAGGUUGUGAGGCUUAACAGUAAGUGCUUUGAGGUCUUUGAAAAGGUGCUGUAAAGGUGCAUAUUACUGAAAGGGAUUUUCUUUUUAAUGCCUGUAAUACGUGCUUGUUUUUAAUGAAUUUUAAAAUACUCUUAGCCUUCUAUUCUUUGCCGCUCUGUUUUGAGUUAUCUCUCUUGCACUUCUACAAAUGGGGAGCAAGAACGUUCAUCUUCAUUUUGAGGCAGAAAUAAACCCACUUUCCUAAUGGAAUCAGUCUAGCUAGCUUCAAAGGCCUCUGUUCGGUAAGGCAUCCAGCUAAACUCCUGGUGCAGCGAAAACUUAUUUUCUGCAGGAAGCGUGUUCCACUGAAGUUCUCAGCUGAGGUUGAAAUACCGUAAAAUACUGAAGGGGUCUUAUUGAAAAUGGAACAUAAUUAUGUACGUGCUUUGCUAAAGCAAGUCAUGAAUAAUUAAGGAUAAAUUGCCAAAAGCACUGAGGACCAAGUUUCUUUUCAAUUCAGCAUUAAAGUAGAUAUUCACACUGUUGGGAGUUUCCGAUAGAAAACCACUUAGCUUCCAGUGUUAAACCCCACUUUGCUUUAGCCUAUCAUGAGGAAAAAAAACCAAAAGACUAUAGAAGCUGAUGCUUAUGAAUCUAAAGAAAUAACCUGACAGUUCAAAGGAACUUGAAGAUUACACUGUGUUAUAACUACUUGAGAUGCAAUGCUGUCUAGGAAUGAGACCAAGAGACUAUCAAUCCUAAAUCGUGUUCUCAGCUUUCACACUGAAGAGGUGAGGCGCCUUGGACAAGGAGCUGUUCCUCACCACUUGCCACCUGUAAAACGGACAGAAUACCUACCUCAGAGAGGUGUACAAGGUGACUAUCUUUGAAACAGAAGUGCUGUAGAAGCGGAAGAUAAGUAUUUAUUGUCUGCCAUGUUUGCAAAUGUGUUGAUGUUUGGGAGCAACACUUAGAUUUUUUUUAGCUUUGUAUCUUGGAUGGAUUUCUGAAAGUGUGUAAAGACAUUUUUUGGGAUAUUUCUCAGUUGCAGUAUUUUUAAAUUUAAACUUAGUUUUAUUUAAUCCAGAGUGUUUAGCUUUGCUUUAUUGUAUUUGCAUAGCAAAUCCACUAACAGAGCGCGAGUUCCAUUUGAGGGCGAUGUCAGUAUCACUGCGUGGAUGUUUUCUUUAGUUGCCUAGACAAUAAAAUCUCUUUGGUUAAAAAAAAAAAAAUAUCAACUGAACUGCUGUAAUUCAUCUGUGUAAAAGCUGAUAGUGUUAGAGGCUGACACACUGUUCCGAAGAACAAGUAACAAGGGGAUAUUGGUGGAGUUGGAAAACCUUGUGUAGUUCUGAACUCUCCUGAACAGAAUACAUUUAAAGGACAACUCCCCUUUUUUAAAAAGAUUGUGAAAGUUAGGGAUUUUUUUAAUGUCUUUUUACCAGCAUUUACCUGUCCUUAAUGAUACAGUUAUGGAAGUGUCACAAAAAUGGCAUCCUGGUACUAGUAGGAUCAAUUUCUAAACAUCACUAAUACAUUUGCGCUGAACAGUUGUUAAUUGUGCAGCAAGGUCUUAGUUACAGAUGUUUUAGAGCAGAUGCGUUGUGGGGCACAGGCUCAGGUAGUGGCAGGAAGGGGUCACCUGUCCACACCAGUCCAGAAAGCCUGCAAGAUAUGGGUUUGUCCUUACUGUUACCACUUAUUCCCAUAAAAAUUUAAAACAAGCACUAAUUUCCUUGCUGAAUACUUCAGCACAUAGGUCAAUAAUUAAAUGGGCCCUGGAAACUGAAAUUUUUACUUUGGGAGUGGGCUCGCUGAAAGCUGGGUUAUUAAUACUGUUUUACUGGCCGAAACAGGUAGGGACCUUUGCCCAAAUAGAGAUUUCAGUUUCCUGGGGCUAGUCUGGCCGUUUCACCAGCACUAAAUUCCUUCUUUAACUAAAGAAGAGCCUAACACACUCUAAUCACGUGGCCUUUCACGAGCAUUUUAUAUUGUAUGAAGAGAUGCACAUCUCAUGGUCCUAACAGCACUUUAAAAGCUUGUCUGAGUUUCGACGUUUAGCAGAUGUCGAGCAAGGACUUUCACUGAUGUAGGUAGCGCGUGUUCCCGUUGCAGCAGUGAGCGGUGUGAGCAAAUGUUUCUAGAAGUCUUACCGAUGUAACCCAGUGGUAUAACGUUCUGCUUUGUGUCAUCAGUACGGAUCGCUUGGAAUAUUUCCUUAAACACGUACCCUGAACUGCAGAAAUUGUUGAUGCACCAAUAAACGACUGAUGCAUGCAUA